CGAGAGAGAGAGAGAGAGAGAGAGAGAGAGCAUUGUAGAUCCCUUCACUGUCCUCUCCUUCCUGAAUCAAUCUAUCUUCUAAUAAACGAAUUAGAGUUAGAAUGAUACCACUACCAGUAGCAGCAGCAAACAGCAACAGCAACAGCAACAGCAACAGCAAUGACGAAGAAUCUCCCAAUCUCAGUACUGUCAUCAAGCCACCAUUGAAGAAGACUAAGACCCUACUUCCACCACCAUCAUCAUCAUCAUCAAACCGCCCCUUGCAUCUCAGAGUCUCCAUUGACAACAACAACAACAACAACGCUCCUCCUCCUCCCGCUGAUUUCUCAGAUCACCAGUGGAACUAUCCUUCUUUCCUCGGCACCACCACCAGGAAAAGAAGACCCUCCUCCGUCAAACCCCCUUCUACUUCUAACCUCCGCUUCGAUACCAUUCCCAAAACCAAAACCAAAACCAAAACCAAUACCAAUACCAAUACCAAUACCAAUACCAAUACCAAUACCAAUACCGACCUUCCUCCUCCUCCCGUUCCUUCCUCUUCCCCCGUCGCCAGACCGCAACACCAUAACCACCGCUCUCCUCCGAUCUUCUAUCUGCUCAUCAUCACUUGUAUUAUUUUUGUACCCUAUUCCUCUUAUCUACAGUACAAGCUUGCCAAACUCGAGUAUAUCUGCUUGCAGGAUCACAAACUUCACCUGUGUCGUCAAAGUCAAAUUCAUUUUUCUUCCGGUCAUGGAAAUGGAAAAAUCUCUAUACCAAUACACGACGCCUCCUUUUCUUAUAUCCUCAGUAGAAAAGCAGCUUUGUAUAUUGUGCUCUUCACGCUCAUUUUGCCUUUUCUGCUCUACAAAUAUCUUGACUACCUUCCUCAAAUUAUCAAUUUCUUGAGGAGAACACACAAUAACAAGGAGGAUGUACCGUUAAAGAAGAGGAUUGCUUAUAUGCUAGAUGUCUUUUUCUCCAUAUAUCCUUAUGCAAAGCUGCUCGCGCUUCUCUUUGCAACUCUAUUUCUCAUAGGAUUUGGUGGUUUAGCACUCUAUGCCGUCACUGGUGGUAGCCUUGCUGAAGCACUUUGGCACUCUUGGACUUAUGUGGCUGACUCAGGAAAUCAUGCUGAAACACAAGGAACCGGGCAGAGGGUCGUCUCUGUCUCAAUUAGUUCAGGUGGCAUGCUCAUAUUUGCUAUGAUGCUUGGGCUUGUUUCAGAUGCUAUAUCAGAGAAGGUAGAUUCACUCAGAAAAGGCAAGUGUGAAGUCAUUGAAAGAAACCACAUACUCAUUCUUGGCUGGAGUGACAAAUUGGGUUCACUGUUGAAGCAGCUAGCAAUAGCAAAUAAGAGUGUUGGUGGUGGUGUUAUUGUGGUGCUUGCAGAAAAAGAAAAGGAGGAAAUGGAAAUGGAUAUAACAAAGCUGGAAUUUGAUUUCAUGGGGACAUCUGUGAUUUGUAGGAGCGGCAGUCCUCUUAUACUUGCUGACCUAAAGAAGGUUUCAGUUUCAAAGGCACGAGCAAUCAUUGUAUUAGCUUCAGAUGAAAAUGCAGAUCAGAGUGAUGCACGUGCUUUGAGAGUUGUUUUGAGCUUAACAGGCGUAAAGGAGGGCUUAAGGGGACAUGUUGUCGUCGAGAUGAGUGACCUUGACAAUGAACCCCUAGUGAAACUUGUUGGUGGAGAACUCAUUGAAACAGUUGUUGCACAUGAUGUAAUUGGACGAUUGAUGAUUCAGUGUGCUCUGCAGCCUGGCCUUGCACAGAUAUGGGAAGAUAUUCUGGGAUUUGAGAAUGCUGAGUUUUACAUCAAAAGAUGGCCUGAACUGGAUGGCUUAUCUUUCAAAGACAUAUUAAUUUCAUUUCCUGAUGCAAUACCUUGUGGAGUUAAGGUUGCUGCAGAUGGGGGGAAGAUUGUCAUAAAUCCUGAUGAUAGUUAUGUUAUGAGAGAUGGUGAUGAAGUCCUUGUUAUAGCUGAAGAUGAUGACACUUACUCUCCUGGUUCUCUUCCAGAGGUGCUCAAGGGCUUUUUCCCUAGGAUACCUGAUGCACCAAAAUAUCCGGAAAAGAUAUUAUUUUGUGGGUGGCGCCGUGAUAUUGAUGAUAUGAUCAUGGUUUUAGAAGCAUUCUUGGCUCCAGGUUCAGAACUCUGGAUGUUCAAUGAGGUUCCUGAAAAGGAAAGAGAGAAGAAGCUUGCCGCUGGUGGACUUGAUGUUUUUGGGCUAGAGAACAUAAAGCUUGUCCAUAGGGAGGGAAAUGCUGUCAUUAGGCGGCACCUAGAGAGUCUUCCAUUGGAGACUUUUGAUUCCAUCCUUAUUCUUGCAGAUGAGUCAGUGGAGGACUCUGUUGCUCAUUCUGACUCAAGAUCUCUAGCUACCCUUCUGCUCAUCCGUGAUAUACAGUCAAGACGUCUACCAUACAAAGACACAAAGUCAACGUCUUUGAGGUUAUCUGGGUUCUCUCACAACUCUUGGAUCCGUGAAAUGCAGCAAGCUUCAGAUAAAUCAAUUAUAAUUAGCGAAAUUUUGGAUUCUAGGACUAGAAAUCUAGUGUCUGUGUCCAGAAUCAGUGAUUAUGUGUUAUCUAAUGAACUGGUAAGCAUGGCACUAGCUAUGGUUGCUGAAGAUAAGCAAAUCAACCGUGUUCUUGAGGAAUUAUUUGCAGAGCAGGGGAACGAGAUGUGCAUUAAGCCUGCAGAGUUUUAUUUAUUUGACCAGGAGGAGCUCUGUUUUUAUGAUAUAAUGAUUAGGGGUCGUGCAAGACAGGAGAUUAUUAUAGGCUAUCGCCUCGCUAACCAAGAGCGUGCUAUUAUCAACCCUUCAGAAAAAUUGGUGGCAAGAAAAUGGUCCCUUGGUGAUGUUUUUGUUGUAAUUGCUUCAGGCGAUUGACAAAAACAAUAGAACUAUUCUUGCUCCUUGUGUCCUGGUGAAAAUGCUUACACUGGACCCUGUAAUAGCCCUCCCCUUCCCUUCCCAGUUAACUUGCCAAAGUUACUUGCAGUUGGCUAUUAAUAGCAGCUGGAUAUUUGAAGACUCCUAAGAAGUGAAAGGAACAUGUUAUGCCCGUUCAAAGAUCCUUGAAGAUAUUGGUUAUCUCGUGAUUUUAUGUGGAAUACUACACUUGUGACACAAUUGUAACUUGUACAAUAAUCUUUCAUAACAUAGACGUUAGUCGUUAGCUGACUAGGAAUGAGUAAGCAGUGCAUGAUAACAAAUGUAGAAACUUUGAACUCAUUGUUACUGACAAAAGACUGUAAUUUGAAAAGGUCUAUUGUCUAAACUGACAAAAUGAUCAAAUAAGAUUGACUCUCACACUUGGACACGAAUUUUUUUAUUGA